CGGCCUCCCAAAGUGCUGGGAUUACAGUUUGCUCUGAAUGAAUUUGUCAAGUGACUGAAGGCAACCAGUGAUGGACAGGGCCAAUGACAGCUCCUUGAAGGGCUUUGUUCUGAUGGGCAUAUCUGACCAUCCCCAGCUGGAGAUGAUCUUUUUCAUAGCCAUCGUUUUCUCCUAUUUGCUGACCCUACUUGGGAACUCAAUCAUCAUCUUGCUUUCCUGCCUGGAUGCCCGGCUCCACACACCCAUGUACUUCUUCCUCAGCAACCUCUCCUCCUUGGACCUUGCUUUCACUACUAGCUCAGUCCCCCAAAUGCUGAUCAAUUUAUGGGGACCAGACAAGACCAUCAGCUAUGGUGGCUGUGUGACCCAGCUCUAUGUCUUCCUUUGGCUGGGGGCCACCGAGUGCAUCCUGCUCAUGGUGAUGGCAUUUGACCGCUACGUGGCAGUGUGUCGGCCCCUCCGCUACACCACCAUCAUGAACCCCCAGCUCUGCUGGCUGCUGGCUGUGAUUGCCUGGCUGGGUGGCUUGGGCAACUCUGUGAUCCAGUCAACAUUCACUCUGCAGCUCCCGUUGUGUGGGCACCGGAGGGUGGAGAGCUUCCUCUGUGAGGUGCCUGCCAUGAUCAAACUGGCCUGUGGCGACACGAGCCUCAAUGAGGCUGUGCUCAAUGGUGUCUGCACCUUCUUCACUGCAGUCCCACUAAGCAUCAUCCUGAUCUCCUACUGCCUCACUGCUCAGGCAGUGCUGAAAAUCCACUCUGCAGAGGGGAGGCGAAAGGCCUUCAAUACAUGCCUCUCCCACCUGCUGGUGGUGUUCCUCUUCUAUGGCUCAGCUAGCUAUGGCUAUCUGCUUCCGGCCAAGAACAGCAACCAGGACCAGGGCAAGUUCAUUUCCCUGUUCUACUCAGUGGUCACGCCCAUGGUGAAUCCUCUCAUCUACACGCUGCGGAACAUGGAAGUGAAGGGCGCACUGAGAAGGUUGCUGGGGAAAGGAAGAUAAGUUGGCUGAGAGAACACUCCUUCGUUAUUUAUUGCCUCUUCAUCUCUACAUGCGUUUCUCAUUAACUCUCUCUGGCCAGGUGAACAUGAAGAAUACUAAUUCCGGUAAAACCAAGGCAUGUUCCUGACAACCCUAAGCUGACAGCCCUAAGCUGUCAGGAACAUGGUUAGUGUUAUUUGUAAUGUUCUACACUUAUUCACCAAAAAUCCUACUGUGGACUACCAAUAGCAGGGCAGACGUUGUUGAGGGCUCAGAGGUUAUUGACCUGUUACAGACCUGUCUCACUGUCUCUGUCUCUGUUGCCCACAUGUUAUUUAUUAUGCCUUAUAUUUCUGCAGAAUUCUGUACUUUUCUAAGCAAAGUACCCCCACUUGCAGUAUCUUAUAUAAUGUUACUAUCAUUCCAUAAAAUCAAGCGAUGUACUAUUAACUUCAUAUGAAGACCCAAACAAUUCAUCUUUUUACCCUAUUUGUCAUCAUCUUUGCCUAUCUCUCUUUAUCUCUUCUUCACUUUUUUUAAGAGUUGGAGUCUUGCUCUGUUGCCCAGGCUGAAGUAGA